CAACCAAACGUCCAACAUGGCGGUUGGUCAGAAUCUAGCUUUGUAAUAAGAGUCUUGUAUUUCAGUUGAGAAACCACCGUGGCGAAAGGUUUCACGGGACCGUCGCUUAGUUUACGGCUGUUAUUUUUCUCCACAGAGCAUCACAUUCAGGUCGGCGGUUUGAUUCUUCUUCUGUUCUGUGGUCGAGCUCAGACGCGCCGAGAUGCCUGGAAAACACAGCGACGGCUUCAAAACAGGAGACCUGGUGUUCGCCAAGAUGAAGGGCUUUCCUCACUGGCCAGCCAGGGUCUGUAAGUCAGACAACGGAUACAAGAAGCGAGUCCCCGUCUUUUUCUUCGGGACCCAUCAGAUAGGUAACCUCCCCCCUGAGAAUGUCAUCCCUUACGUCGGCAACAAGAUGAAGUACGGCAGUGGCGUUCGCAUCAAAGGCUUCACUGAGGGAAUGUGGGAGAUCCAGAACACGCCGGGAGUCGGGAGUAAACUCAAAUUACCGGGAAAAACCAACGCACAGACGACACCUGCAAAAACUACACCCACAAAACCAACUUCCGCCAAGAAAACUACACCUUCAAAAUCAACACCCACUAAAGCGACUUUUGCCAGCACGUCGGCUCCCGAUGAACCGGCUCCUGAGCGGGCGGUUGGUAAACGAAGACGUCCUCAGACUGAAGCUGCGCGUCAGAGUGAACCCGUAGCUAAAACUCAGACGCGAGCGUCGCUAAGAUCCGCCCAUGAGAAAACGCCCGAGUCCGGACCGGCUCCUGAAAGGACAACGAGAAACACGCGGUCCAAGACGGACGAGACGGCGAGCAGUGGGCCACCCGCUGGAGGGAGGAGUCAAGACACCGCGGCAGGAGAAGAACAGGAAGCUGUUGCUCAGCAGGGGGCGCCUCCGAGUCCAGCCGUGACGCCUUCGGCUGAAAUGAAACUGAAGACGACGACGGAACUAAAGGCUGGGUCAAAGCAAACGUCCAAGAACGAAGAGGAAGAGGAGGAGGAGAGGAUGUCAGCGGAGAGUCGAGGCCUCACGAGGAGGAGGAGGAGGAGAGAGGAGGAGCAAAAGAAAACCGACGGGGAAAAGACGUCCGAGAGUCGAGGAGCGAAAAGACGAGAAGAGAAAACGGUCAAAGAGACGUCAGAGGAAACUAAAGGAAUGAAGACGAGGAGAGCCGAUAACGAGGAGGACAAAGAGAAGACGUCAGUGGAGAGUCGAGGCGUCAAGAGGAGGAGAGAGGAGGAGCAAAAGAAAGAGGAGGAGGAGGAGGCAAAGACGUCCAAGAGCGAGGGGACUAAAAGAAAAGACGAGGAGACGAAAGCAAAACAAGGAACGAAAGACGAGGGCGAGUCGGAGGAAAGCAAAGUCAUGAUGACGAGGAGAGCUGAGAAAGAGGAGGAGAAACAAAAAGAGGAGAGGACGAGGGAGAGCGUUGGAACGAAGAGGACGAGGGAGAAGAUGGAAGCAGGCAAAAGUGAGAAAGAGGACGCGACGACGCCAGAGGAGCAGAAAGGGAUGAAGAGGAGGAGGGAGGAGAAGGAGGCUAAGAAGAAAGUCGUGGUGUGGGUGAAGGACGGAGGAGAGGAGGGAGGGAAAAAAGAGGUGAAGAAGACAGAGGAGGAGAAAGCUGGAGCGGGGAUGGUGCCAACAAAGAAAAGAGAUGUGGACAACAAGAAUGAAGAGAGGAAGAAGACGGACGACGAGAGAGGAGGAACUAAGAUGAAGGAUGCAGGAGAUGAGGGAAAGAAAAAAGACAGGACGAGGACAGAGGACAAGGAUGUGCUGAGGAGCAAACGCGAUGUCGAAGCAAAGGGAGACAAGAUGAAGAAGAGGACGGUGGCGGGGGAGAGUGGAGAGAAGUCGGGAAGAGGAGGGAUGAAGACGAGGAGAGGAGGAGACGAGGGAAGAGAGAGGAGACGAGGAUCUCAGGAUGAAGAGCAGCGACAGCGCCACCUGGCAGCCAAGAGGGAGAGCGUGCUGACGUCUCUGAGAGGUCUACUGAAGGAGGGCCGAGGAGCAAAGAGGAGGGAGGCGCUGAAGAGCAUGUUGAAAAGUGCAGACACAGCGAAGAAGAAGAAGAAGACUGUGGAGAUGAGAGGGACAGGAAGUCAGAGGAGCGGGAAAGAGACGUCCAGGAAGUCGCUGGCGGACGGGAAGAAGGCACUGAGGGAAGACCACGAUCGGAUGAAGAUGGUGAAGGAGAAGAGUAAAACAGACGAACAGAAGACGGAGGAGAAGAAAACGAGUGACGAAAUGCGGCAGCAGAAGGACGAAGAAAAGAAAGAGGAGAGGAAAAUAAUCGGAAAGAUCGUGAAAGCGACGGGUGGACAGGGACCAAAGGUUCAGAUGAAGACAAUGAUGGGAGGAGCGGUGGCGACAACGGCCACUGUGGAGGAGGAGAAGAGGAGGAAAGAGGAAAAUGUGAUGAGCAGAAAGAUGGAGGAGAAGAAGACGGUGGAGAAAGACAAGAAGACCGAAGAUAAACGGACGGAGAAAAGCACCGAGGACGAGAGGAAACUGGACGGAGCGACGGAAGACGAGAAGAAGAAGAGUCAGGAUGAGGGCGUGAAGGAGAAAAAGAAAGUUGAAGAUGGGAAGAACCGAGAAGAGCAAACGGAGAUGGAGAAAAAGAUGAGAGGACAGAAGAAGACGGAGAAAGAGAAGGACCUCGAAGGUAGAAAGACGGAGAAAAGCACCGAGGUCGAAAGGAAACCAGAAAGAGCGAAGGAAGACGAGAAGAAGAAGAGUCAGGAUGAGGGUGUGAAGGAGAAGAAGGAAGGAGAAGAUGAGAAGAACCGAGAAGAGCAAACGGAGGCGGAGAAGAGGACGAGAGGACAGAAGAAGACGGAGAAAGUGAAAAAUCCUGAAGAGAAAAAGACAGAAAAAGGCACAGAGGUCGAGAAGAAACCAGAGAGAGCGACGGAGGAGGAGGAGAAGAAAAGGAGUCAGGAUGAAGGCGAGAAAGAGAAGAAGAGUGGUGAGGAUGGGGAAAGUGAAACGGAGACGGAAAAGAAGACGAGGGGACAGAAGAAGACGACGGAGAAAGAGAAGAAUCUUGAAGAUAAAAAGACGGAAGAAAGCACAAAACCUAUCGAGGACAGAAAUGAGGAGGAAAAGAAGAGUCGGGAUGAAGGUGUGAGAGAAAAGAAGAGCGGCGAAGAUGAGAAGAAGAAAGAAGAGCAGCAGAGGAAGAGUGAGACAGAGACGGAAAAGAGGACGAGAGGACAGAAGAACAAGGACGAGAGGACUGAAAAAUCCGACGCGGAAUCGCACACGGAAGACGAGAAAACGGAAGAGACGACGACACGGAGUGUCAAGGCGGAGAGAGUGGAGACGUCGGAAAGAGACAGAGACGCUAAGCCUGCGGAGACGAGGGCGGAGUCACGGGAGACGAAGAGUCCGACGAAGAUAACGCUCACGGACUCGACGCUGCACAGGCUCCACGGGGACAUCAGGAUUUCCCUGAAGACGGACAAACCGGACAUCAGGAAGUGUCUGACGGCGCUGGAUCAGCUCAGCAUGGUCUACGUGACGUCGCAGCACGUCCAGAGACACAGCGAGCUCGUGGCCACGCUGAGAAAGAUGCGGUGCUACAGAGCCAGCCAGACCAUCAUGGACAAGGCGUCCAUGUUGUACAACCGCUUCAAAAAUGUCUACCUGGUGGGGGAGGGCGAGGAGGUGGUGAGCGCCACCUUCCUGCGAUCGCUGCUGGAGGACAACGAGCGGGAGGAGGCUCAGAGGGCGGAGCUCUGCCGCGACAAGCUGAAGAAGGCGGAGCUUCAGCAGGAAGUGAAGGAACCCUUGGGACAGCUGGAGGAGAAAGAAGGCGAUGAUAAAUGAGUGGACCCUGAAGUCCUAAUGUUCCGGAGCUCGGACUGAACCACUUCCCGGCUGAGGGGUGUUGAGCUCUGAAACUGUUGCCCCCCUACCCCCCACCCGGCUGCGACAACGAGAAUGUUCACAACCGUUUACCUCGAGACACACACACACACGCACAGAGCUGCUGUUUAUUUUACUUCACUUUCACUAUUGUUCUCAUGGUUUCACAAACAUUAACUUCACCGUAUGUGAUGUAAGCUAAGACUUAAGCUAAGCUAAUCGCUCACUUUGUCUUUAUAACAUUUGGACGAAUUGUACGUUUUAAAGCGUCCUCUUGUCCACGCGUUGACCUCAAAGUUGUAUCGUUAAACUUUCAUCACUAACCAAAGGUUACGAUAAUGUUACGUUUUAUUCUCAUCAUUGUACAAUAUUGACGUUUAACAAAAAGAAAAAAAUACACUUCACAACCACAACAUGCAUUAACUGCUCCCAGCAGGGGCUGAUGGGAAAUGUAGUUGUUUUACGUUUAAUUUUAAAUUGACAGGAACGUGAAACUGUUAAGUACAGGUUUUAUUCUGUUUGUUUUAAUCGUGACUCUGAGAAGUUUACAGUGAAUUUAUGUUUAGAUACUUUUCCCCUUCUUUUUUUUGAAAUGUGUAUAUAUGUAAUUUUUUUACUUCCAGAUAUGAAAAAUAAAAAAAAACAUUUGUACAAAAAUGACCUGGAUUAUUUGACUCGCACAAGAAUCAAGAAUUUUACACUAACACUUUCUGUUUGUUAAACUGUUCUUACACUUCUUGGUCAUGGCAAAGGCCUCAAAACUGCAAUUUUGAGGAAAAAUAAUGUUAAUAAUAAUAAUAAUAAUAAUAAUAAUACGGUGGAGAAAGACAAGAAACCCGAAGAUAAACGGACGGAGAAAAGCACCGAGGACGAGAGGAAACUGGACGGAGCGACGGAAGACGAGAAGAAGAAGAGUCAGGAUGAGGGCGUGAAGGA